GCAAUAUAUUGAUGCGUUAUGGAUUCGAGAUGGCAAUCGAAGUUCUGACGUUGGAGAAAAUCGGAGCGCUGUCGAGAUAAAAAUCGGAACGCCGCCGCGAUGCCUAUUUAGGUUUAGCGCCGUCUCCUCCACGCUUCGAAGCUUUGUAAAAGUUUCUACGGAUUUUCGAGCCGCCUUUUUCACGAUAACAACUUUUUGCAAUAAACCAGUCCCUUUAAUAUCACGAUGAGGGUAGAAACUUGUCAUUUUUGCUCCAGGCCCGUGUACCCGAGCAAGGGUAUCACCUUCGUCCGCAACGAUGCGAAAUCUUUCCGAUUCUGUCGGAGCAAGUGUCAUGCAAACUUCAAGAUGAAGCGUCAACCGCGAAAGCUGAAGUGGACCAAGACUCACCGUGCAGCCCGCGGAAAGGAAAUGAUUGUCGACUCGUCCCUGGAACACCCCGUCAAGUACGACAGAAACCUGGUUGCUGCUACCAUCAAGGCCAUGGAGAGAGUGGAGGAAAUCAGAGCCCGCAGAGAGCGUGCGUUCACGAAACGCAGGCUGGGCGGCAAGGUGGCCCGCGAGCGCAAGCGCGAGGAAGACCGCAGGGUCGUUGCGCAGGGCGAGCACCUCAUCCGCAAGGAACUUCGGGAAAGAGAAGAGGGCCAGCCAUUGGAUGUCAGCAAGAUCUCAAGCAGAGUGGUCGGCGAGGAGAAGCUCAGACAGAAGAAGAAGACAAGACUGUUGGUGGAUGGAGGUGUCGAGGAGGAAAUGGACCUCGACUAG